CGAUUUUGAAUUUUGCUACGUUCAACUCAAACAGGUUUCCCCAUCAUGCGUUUCGUCUCUGUCAUUGCUGCUUUCGCUGCGGUUUCUACUGCUGCAGCCGCGGACACCGUCCCCCCUGAGCUGGCGAAGGUUGGGGAGCCGUCGACGGUGCUGAAUAUCACUUACUCCGUGGGGUCGACUGCAGUCAGCUUCACCCCUGGCGAGUUCCUCAACGCCACUGUCGCCAAGGAUGCGCCGGAGCCGCAUCUCCAGGACUUGGGGUUGGGCAGCUCGGGACCCUACCUGCUGCUCAUGAUCGACCCGGACUGGAACAAAACCACUCCUCCCUCGGUGAUCGUGCAUACCGUCGUCGCCAACCUGACUACCGCCGUCAACAGCACCAGCGACGCGAACGUGCUGGCCUCCUACAUCGCCCCUGAGCCCAAGUCUGGCACCCACAACUACACGUUGUUUCUGUUCGACCAGCCUGCCAACUUCAGCGUCCCCGGCCGCUACGAGUCUUUCAUGAAGACCACCGCCCAGACUCCUUUGAAUCGGCUGAACCUGCCGCUGGACAGCUUCCUCAACCAGACCGGGUUGGGCAAGCCGGUCGCGGCCAACUACUUCCGCGUCACGGCGGCGAGCAACGACACCAGCUCCAGCUCGGGGGAAUCUGGCUCCAGCACGAGCACGAGCACCAGCACGAGCACCAGCACCGGCGCCGCCGCUAGCAAGACGUCGAGUGGAGCGGGCCAGAAGAUGGCGGUGGGGGGUUAUCUGGCCGGCGCACUGGCUUUGGUCGGUGCGGUGGUGGCCUCCGUCUGAUCUACGCGUUUCUCAGACAUAAUCAGGGCACUUGAAAAGUGGAGAGAAAAGUGGCAUAUUGCGUACUUUGUAUAUACUCAGCAUGUACGGAGUACUCCGUACAGUAACUAAAUAAUCCAACUCUCGGAAGUCCGGC